GGCGGCGCGGCGGGCAUGGCCCCCGGGAGCCGGCGCGGGGGGGCCCGGCUGCUGCCGCUGCUGCUGCCGCUGCUGCUGCUGCCGGCGGCGGGCGGCGGGUGCGCGGCGGAGGGCGGCCCGCUGGAGCCCUUCGAUGCGCUCUACGCCAGCGGGGUGGAGGCGUACUACGGCGGGGACUUCGCGGGCGCGGCGCGGUGCCUGGAGCGGGCGCUGCGCAGCCGGCGGGAGCUGCGGGCGGCGCGGCUGCGGUGCCGGCGGCUGUGCCGAGCGCAGGUGCGGCUGGCCGAGCCGGGCCCGGGCGCCGGCGGGGAUCUGCCGUUCUUCGGCUCGGUGCUGCGGCGCGCAGAGUGCGUGCGGCGCUGCGAGGAGCCGCGCCUGGGGGCCGUGUCCCGGCACCGCGCCGCCGAGGAGGUGCGCGCCGACUUCCAGCGCAGGGUGCCCUACAGCUACCUGCAGCGCGCUUACAUCCAGCUGAACAAGCUGGAGGAGGCAGCAAACGCAGCUCACACCUUCUUCAUGGCAAACCCUGAGCACAUGGAGAUACAGCAGGACCUGGAGAACUACAAGACCACGUCAGGGAAGGUCAGCUUGAUUGACCAGGAGGCCAGGCAGCAUAUGGAGGACUACAGUGCUGGGGUGAGGCACUAUGACAGGGAGGAGUACGAGCUGGCCAUUGAGUUCCUGGAGCGUGCCCUGCAAGGAUACUACUCUGAGGAUGAGGAUUGCCAGCUCAUGUGCGAGGGACCGCAGCGGUUUGAGGAGCACGAGCACCUGGAUUACAAGGCUGGUCUCUACGAAGCUAUUGCAGAUCACUACAUGCAGGUCCUGGCCUGCAAGCACGACUGUGUCCGGGAGCUGGCCACGCGCUCGGGCCGCAUCUCGCCCAUCGAGAACUUCCUUCCCCUCCACUACGACUACCUGCAGUUUGCCUAUUACAGAGUUGGUGACUACGUAAAAGCCCUGGAGUGUGCCAAGUCCUACCUGCUCUUCCACCCGGACGAUGAAGAUGUCCUGGAGAAUGCAGGUUAUUACGAGGGUCUCUUGGAAGGUGCAGUGGAUCCAGCCACCAUCAAACCCAGAAAGGAAGCCAGAACGCUGCUGCGGCGCCACAAGCUGGAGUCUCACCUCUUGCGGGUGGCUGCGGCCGGCCUGGGAUUCGCCUACACGGAGCCGAACUACUGGAACAGGUACGGCGCCCGCCAGGACGAGCACAGUGUCCCAUCAAGCAUCAGCAGUGAACCUGAGGAUGGGCCCCGGCUGUCCCUGACAAAGAAACCCAUGCCAAAGCCAGAUCGAGAGCUGAAGGAGGGGGGCCCUCUUCUCUACAGCGAUGUGAAGUUUGUCUACAACUCUCAGCAGCUGAAUGGCACCCAGCGAGUGCUGCUGGAUAAUGUCAUCUCGGAGGAGCAGUGCCGGGAGCUGCACAGGGUGGCCAGCGGGAUCAUGUUGGCUGGAGAUGGUUACAGAGGCAAAACCUCCCCCCACACCCCGAAUGAGAGAUUUGAAGGAGCCACUGUCCUCAAAGCCCUCAAGUAUGGCUACGAGGGCCGUGUCCCUCUGAAGAGUGCCCGGCUGUUCUACGACAUCAGUGAGAAGGCUCGCAGGAUCGUCCAGUCCUACUUCCAGCUCAACUCCACGCUCUACUUCUCCUACACACACCUGGUGUGCCGCACCGCCCUCUCCGGCCAGCAGGAGCGCAGGAAUGAUCUGAGCCAUCCCAUCCAUGCUGACAACUGCCUCUUGGACCCUGAGGCCAACGAGUGCUGGAAGGAACCUCCUGCCUACACCUUUCGGGAUUACAGUGCCCUCCUGUACAUGAACGCAGAUUUUGAAGGUGGCGAGUUCAUUUUCACCGAGAUGGACGCCAAAACUGUGACAGCCUCCAUCAAGCCCAAGUGUGGGAGGAUGAUCAGCUUCUCGUCGGGCGGCGAGAACCCCCACGGGGUGAAGGCGGUCACCAAGGGCCAGCGCUGCGCUGUGGCUCUCUGGUUCACCUUGGACCCUCUCUACAGAGAGCUGGAACGAAUCCAGGCAGACGAAGUGAUUGCAAUGUUGGACCAGGAGCAUCUAGGACCCAGUGAAAUGAACAUCAACCCAAAGGAUGAGCUAUGAACUAGGCCAAAGACUUUUUCUAUUAAAUAUUUAUUUAAUAUUGUUAAUCUUAUUAGAACCCUUCUAUUUUUGUACAGAGAUGCUGUAUAAAUUAACAGGUUAAUAUGAUUGUGGAGUUUCAGGAAUGCCUCUUCUGUGUUUAGCACAGCUUUUGCUGGAACCCUCAUCCCUCUGCCAGCAUCUCCUGGUGGGGCUGCCUCUGCUUCCAGCAUUACCUGAUUUUCUCUAGUGCUUCUCAGGACUCAUUCAGGCCCACUCUACCCCCUUGGAGAACCCUUUUUUUUUUUUUUUUUUCCUCAACCAAAAGUAGCUGCUUCUCUUUAGCAUCUCCUGGAGAAAAUUCUCAGGUGUCCUAAUGCAUCAGUCUUCCUGCUGGGGGAAACUGGAGCACAAAAACUGGAGUUAUGACUGUCUCUCACCAUUUGAAAUAUGCCUUUUAGGGGAAAAAACAAAGGAAAACCCAAGUCCUAGCAAAAUGGAGAUUUCUCUGUAGCCAUGUGAAGCUGGUGUUCGGGCAUUAAUUCUGAGCAGAGCUUCUGGAAAUCAGCUGCUGCACAGGGCCAUGAGCUGUGCACAGGCACGAAGGGAUGUGAUUUGCAGCUGACUCUGGUGAAACAGGGUCUGUCACUCAUGUUCAGUCCCUUCUCUUGUUGAUGGCCUGGGGACAUGAAGGAUGCUGCUUCACACUGCAUCCUUUGAGCUUCCAGCCCAGUCUGCUGCUGGUAGAACCCAGAGUUUGUAGCCAUAAUUUCUGGGUUCCUGUUGGAAAGCAGCUUAGGAAGUUACAGUGCCAUGGUGUUGGACGGUCAUGGUGUAGCUCUGCACUCUGGAUGUCCUGGCUGCAUCCUUCCAUCCUGGCAGUGCAGAAAGCAGCAGAUGUUCAUGGUGUGGUAGUAUCUCUUUGCUUGGAGGAGUUCUGACCCAGCCUGAGGAUGUUGCAGUGAAAGCAAAUAGUCAAGUAACUGCUGCUAAGCCAGUAAAUAUUGCUCCCAAACCAUUAAAUUUAGUCCUGUGUGUGGGAUCAGAGCAGCCCCUAUCUCAGUCAGAACAGGCACUGAUCACGGAAUUUCUGCCCCAGACAUAAGGACAGCUUUUAUUUUGACCCAACAGCUGCUUCUACUGCUGGAAUGCAGUUCCUAAAAGCCAAGUUUCAGCAAUCUUCACUUGAAAUUACUGCAAGGCUGCAAUCUAUCCAGAAAACACUACAGGGACCUUUGCUGCAGCUCACAUCCUUGAGCUGCUUUGCUCAGCUCCCUGCAUUGGCUCUUUCCUCAGCCGUUUUCUGCUCUUCUCUGCAGUUUUGGCAUUCCCAGGAUUUAAAAUCUGCAAUAGAGAAUUGUCUUUUCUCUUUGCUCCUGUAGAUUGUGUCUGUUCAAACCUCCCAGGCUCAGAAGCCCCCUCUUCCCAUCCAGUCUUUGGCUGCAAAGGCUGUAGACAAGGAUUGUCUUUCUGUAGAGACCUUCUCAAAAGCUGGUCCUGGGCAAGAUAGAGGGAAACUCUGCAUCUGGAAAAAUAAAUGCCCAGACUGUGAAGAGGGAACUAUUACUACCCAGAAAAUGCUGGAAGAGUUAUUUGCUGCAUCUCCUCCAAUGCUGUAUCUGCAGAGGAAAAGGCUCUGGGCAUUCUUAAGCCACUGGCAUUGCUUAUUCCUUUGUUAUCUCCCUUCCCUCAUAGAUUGUUGAAAAGAUUCAUCAAGUUGGCUCCCCAAAGAACUGCCCACGGGUUUCUGCCUUUGAAGAGCCUUCCCUGCUUAAGUGCCUCUUCUGUAACUACUUAACUCCAUCCCCCUUUUGAAAACAGCCAGAGGAGAAGCUGGGGAGAAGAAGGGGAGGGCAGCUGUUCACUUUGGAGAGCUGACUCUAAUUUCAUGGUCCCUCCACAUGCACCAUGCUGCUGCAUCCAAGGCUUGACUCUGAAAGCUGCACCUUCCAUGUGGGCCUGUGCUGCCAUCCCCCAACAACCAUUGCCCAAGUUCAUCCUGCAGAGCUGCCCCUUGGUGCAGCCCCAGCCCUCCCAGGGGUGCCACCAGCUGCUUCUGCUGCAAGGAGCUGCAGGGGCUGGCACAGGUCAUGGUUUGUUUGUUCAUGUGCUGGUUAGCCAGAGCUGUGUCUAAAUCCAGGGAAAAUAAACUAAACACAUCUGGGUC